AUGGCGGCCUCCGCCAAAGCUGGUGAGGACGAGGAGGAGGAGGAAGAGGAUGACAUGUAUGAGUUCGAUGAGGAUGAGCCAGAGCACCUGCCCUGCUCAUUGACUUAUGUGAUGGUUUGCAUCCUCAUGCCCUGUUUGAAUGGGAUGAUUAGCGGAUAUUGCUGGUCGGGGCUGACAUUGCACUACCGCGCCAUGGGUUGGCCCAUCGCCCGUGCCGGGCUGGGGGGAUCCCUGGGCUUUAUGGGACGGAUCUUCAUGCAACAGGUACAGCUUCGACUUGGCUUUUGGGCCAUCAUUCCUUUGAACUUCAUCCAUCUCAUUGGCGUGAUUUUGGGCAUCUUGUACACCGACCAGGAAUGGGCUGUGUGCCUGGAAGUCGUAUUGUUGCAAUCCCUGGAUGCAGCGAUCACCAUCGAAGGAUUGGCCUUUGAUGUCUUUGGCAGCUCAGAGAACCUGGCCUCCCAGGCAUCUUCUACGAUGCUGGCCAUCUAUACCAUGAGCGCGGCCUCAGCAGUGACGGUGGGCGGGAUCUUGUACGACACCGCAGGGUGGCAGGGGAUGUCCAUCUUCCACUUGAUCCUGCAGGCCAUCCUCGCGAUUCUAUUCAUUGUGUCACCUCAAUGCCGAAGCUCCUUCACAGAGUUCUUCCAGAAGAAGGUCCACGAAGCGGAAGCGAAAGAGGAGGGACCGGAAGAACUGAGCUCUGUCGUCCCAUCGGCGCCGACUACAAGUGGUGCUGCUGUGAUCGAAGAACCUACCUUGCCGGGCCUCGUCGAGGAUGAAGUGCUGUCACCCCUGUACGAGGAAGAUGGUGGAGCCAAGUCUAGCAACCUUCGGGGCUCCAUGCUUUCGGCCGGCGGUGAGGCUUCAUUGCAUCACACACCCGUUCGAAGCUCCAACUUCUCCGCCACGCCGAAUGCAUCGCCGCAGCGCGGCUCUGUCGGCGACUUGACCUCCCGACCCCUGGAGGGGAGAGUUGAAGCGCUCGUCGAUGCAAGACGGUCGAUCCUCGAUGCGCUCCGGACGCGCUACCGGACGGAUGAGCCAACAGAGCAGGACUUUCGGGCGGGGGCGAGGCACUUCCGGCGGCGACAGUUGCGGAAUGAUCGGAAUGGAUGUCCUGGUGAACGCAUCGGUGGUUUGGCUUGA